AUGUCGCGCACGCAGACAAGCAGCAAGUCGGUGCCGAAGAACAUCGCGGUGUACUGCCGCGUGCGGCCACCUGUGCCGAAUGAGAAAGGGCACACCUUCCAAAACAUCAGCUACGAUGACAGCGACAGCCGCGCCAUCGCCGUGGCCCGCAAGUCCGGCACGAAAGCACUCGAAAAGACGUACCUAUUCAACCGCGUCUUCAGGCCAACUGCGACGCAGAAGGAUGUGUACGAGACCUUCGCCAAGGGUGCCGUCGACGCUGCCUUCGAUGGCCAGCACGGCGUCCUCUUUGUGUACGGCCAGACCGGCUCUGGUAAGACCUUUACGAUAAGCAACGAUGAACCGAAUAACGAGGGUGUGUUGCAGCGGUCCAUGAGGGAUAUUUGGAACAGGAUCGCCAGCGACACGGCCAAUGACUAUUCGUGCAGCGUCAGCUACGUGCAGCUCUACAACGAAAUCCUCACCGACUUGCUGGAUGAUGCGAAGGGUAAGGUCCGUAUCCAGAUGGGCUCGGAGGGCCGUGGCGACGUUGUGAUGGUGUCCGACAGCACCGGGAUGGCAAUUGAGCGGGAGGUAAAGGACUACAAGAGCACCAUGGCCUGCUUCCAAGUGGGCCUGGCGCGGAAGGAGAUGGCGAGCACGUCUAUGAACAGCACAAGCUCGCGCUCCCACACCAUCUUUACGCUUAACAUCGUCAAGGCGAAGAAGGUCGUUGCCGUGACCGUCGGCACUGAAGCGGAGGGCCCGACGAUUGCACUGGAGGGCCGCCUGGUGCUGUGCGAUCUUGCCGGUAGCGAGCGUGUGAGCAAGACACAUGCGGAGGGCAAGACGCUCGACGAGGCCACGCACAUUAACCGCAGUCUUCUAACCCUUGGUAAGGUGGUGACUGCGCUGACCGAUAACGCCCAGCACGCACCCUUCCGUGAGUCGAAGCUAACCCGCAUUCUCCAGUACUCGCUGAUGGGUAACGGCAACACCUCCAUCAUCGUCAACAUCAGCCCCUCCGACGACAACACGGAGGAGAGCUUGAGCGCCAUCUUGUUUGGGCAGCGCGCCAGCCAAAUCAAGCAGGAUGCAAAGAGACACGAGGUGCUGGAUUACAAGGCGCUGUACAUGCAGCUCAUGGCAGAACUGGACAACAAAAACGACAAGACGCUGGAGGAAGCACUGGAAGAGGAGCGUGGCGUCUACGAGGAACGCAUUUCCGCCCUCGACGAGGAGAUGAAGUUGCUGAGCGAUGAGAACGCGAUGCUGCGCAACGAGAACAAGCAGCUGCGCCAGUACGUGCCGGCUGAUCGACUGAAGUUGAUUGACGAGACACCAUCCAGUGGAGUGUCUGGUGCCAAUGGUGAAGUUGUCAGCGGAGGUUGGGCCAAGGUCAACCAGGAUUUGCGGAAGUUAGUGCAGCAACGUGAUGAACGGCUGAAAGUCAUCAGUGACGAGCGGGUGCGCCUCGCACUUGUGGUGGCUGAGGAGAAGCGCAAGUGCUUCCAGCUCGCACAGAAGAUGCGCUCCUUCGCCAUGCGCUACAAGAUGGAGCGCGAGCAGUCGACGCAGCGACAGGAGGAGCUGUGCACCGAGCUGGCGACCCUUAAGGGCACCGAUUACCUCAGCGCCGUCGGCAGCUUCGACGCCACGGCGAGCCCGGGCAGCCCGAACUAUCCUCGUGAAAACGAAGAAUUCAACGACGCUGAAAGUGCUCAGGCGCAGAUCCGCGCGUUGCGGGCGGAGCGCAUGGAACUCAUGGUGUACCAGGCAAAGGCGGCCAAUGCGAUCCGCAAGCUCGUGAAGGAACGUGACGCUGCGCAGCGCAAGGUAGCGUAA